AAAUGAUUUUAUUUAAGACUAAAGAUAUUUUACAUAGAAUCGUAUAUUUCUAAAUAUAUUUAAAUCGCAUAUUGUCACGUUUAUCUUUAAAAGAAUUUUACGUGACAUGACAAUUGAAUCAAUUCCGUGUUUACAAAUUAUGCAUCAAUCAGCAUAAAAUUGUUAUACGAUUAUAACAAGUUGUGUGCGUAAAAGUUCACGUUUCAUAUAAAUUCCAUUUACAUAAGAUAGGGAAACAAUAACAAGCAUGUAUGAAAUAAAACUUUUCUCUUCGAUACAAAACUAAAUGUUUCAUUAUAUAUCGAAGGCUUGAGUGUAUCAUCUUGCAGAAAUCGUAUCUUUACGUGAAAGUUAAAUCAAAUUACAUCGGCUGAAUUAAAAAUUUUUUAGGAUAAGUUGUUACAGAGAGAAUCGCAUAGGAGAUGAAAUUCACAUUUGUUCUACUGCUUAAUCUCGUGUUAUCUGGACUAGUUUUAGGAAUAGAAUACUAUUCAGAUACAUAUGAUAAUAUAGAUGUGGAUGCGAUUAUUAAUAGUGAUCGUCUGUUAAAUCAAUACAUGAAUUGUAUUCUUGACAAAGGUCCCUGUACUGCUGAUGGACGUAGUCUUAAACUGAUUCUUCCGGAUGCGAUAGCCACAUCUUGUGAAAAAUGCAACGGAAAACAGAAACAGACAGCAAGAAAAAUAAUCAGACAUUUGAAAGAACGUAAACCAAACAUUUGGGCAGCGUUUCUCGAGAGAUAUGAUCCUAAUGAAGAAUAUGUUGCAUUUUAUAAAGAAUUUUUGACACAAGGAGAUAUUUAAAUGGAAACUUAAUCUUUGUUAGCUACAUACGCGCGCGCGCGCGCGCGCGCGCGCGUGUGUGUGUGUGUGUGUGUGUAAGUAAAUUUCACCGAUUAUUUUUAAUGGAGGAAUAAUAUUAAAGAUACAUAAGAUGUUCUACACUACAUUAAUUAAAAACGUGAUUCUCUUUUCUUUUAAUUAUAUGUUUAUAUUAAAUGUGAGAAAUAACACAUGAUUAAGGCUGGUUUUUCCUAUUUACCAUCCGCCCUAUCGGAAUACAUACAAUAAUAUUAUUUUUUCUGUUUAAUUAUCUUGUCGAGGUCCAUAAAAAAUGUGUUUGCUGUCGAAUACGAACUGGGGAUUACGACGCAUUAUUUGGUGAUGGGUCGUGAUCCCCAGUUCGUAUUCGACAGCAAACUUAUUCACCUCUGCUGAAUAAUCGAUAGAUUAACGAGUGCAAAAACAGUUGGCCGCCCUCAUGUUAAAAUAACGGAAAAAAAUAGUGCUACCCCAGAAGUGUACACAUACAAUUAUUUAAAUGUCUAAAUAUACAAAUUUUAAAAAACUUUAUAAAACUUUUUGAUAAUAAAAUAUUUACUGC